AUGUCUAUGUCAGAGGGUUCGGAGACUGCUGAUUCCAUGGAUGAGGAUACGAGUCAAAUACCACAUGUUAGAAGGUCCAAGGUAUGGGAGCAUUAUGAAGUAGAUUUGGUUCUCAUAGAUGGUGAUUUCAAGGCUGUGUGCAAAUACUGUGGAGUGCAACUUCACACCAAGUUUGGGACUAGAAGUUUGAGGACCCGUAUUGCAGAGGCUUGCCGAUCAAUCCAAGAUGCUUGCAGACAGAGGUUUUUGUUGACCAUGAAAAAAAAACCACCCGAAGGACUUUUUGUGUUUGAUGAAAAAGUUUUUCGUGAAUGCAUGGUCAAGUAUUGCGUCCAUGCUGAGAUCCCCUUUCUUAAGUUUGAAGAUCCCCACCUUCAGCCAUGGAUUGACUCAAUGCAGCCAGCGUUUCAAAUCAAGGGUCGUCACACAAUUCGUGAUGAUGCAGUGAAGAUGUAUAAGGGAAUGAAGAAAGAUAUCGAAGUAGAGCUACAAAAUAUGGAUUCUCGCAUUUGCUUAACAUCUGACAUGUGGACAUCAUCACAGGACUUGGUCUACAUGUGCAUCACCUCCCAUUAUAUCAAUGCAGAAUUCAACUACAAGAAGAAGACCAUAAGUUUCGCAGAAGUGAAGUAUCCCCACACAGGCAAUGCGAUAAAGGAAGAAAUAGUUCGUUGCUUAACAGAAUGGGGAAUAAGAGGCAAAUUAUUCACUUUGACACUAGAUAAUGCCAGCAAUAAUACUAAUGCAUGUGAGGAGUUAAUAAAAUAUCACAAACAUGAGCUGCUCCUUGAAGGUCAACAUUUGCAUGUCAGGUGUUGUGCGCACAUUCUUAAUAUCUUGGUUCAGGAUGGAAUGAAAAUAAUCCAUGAAGCUAUUGACAUGAUACAUGAGCUGAUGAAGUAUAUUGACUCUUCUCCUUCAAGACUUCAAGAUUUCAAUACAAUUGCAAGUGGGAUGGGUCUACGUGCAAAGAAAGGCAUCUCUGUUGAUACACCAACCAGAUGGAACUCAACCUGGAAAAUGCUUGUAGAAGCAUUGACGUACAAAUCUGUUCUCACUAGUUAUGCCAACAGAAAGAUGAUAGAUUCUCCAAGUGAGGAGGAAUGGGAGAAGGCAAAAGUUAUUUGUGAGUUUCUAAAAGCUUUUGAAGAUCUUACUUUGAUUGUUUCAGCUCAUAGGAAGCCAACUUCACAUAAGUUUCUGCCAAUUGUGCUUUCUAUUCGCCAUGCAUUGAAAGAUCCGGGUUGGCAUACCUCUGAUGUGUUGAAGGAAUUGGCGGCAGUGAUGCAAACGAAGCUUGAUAAAUAUUGGGAUCCCGAGGAGAAGGAGAAUGCAGAUCCUAACCGUCGUAGAAAAAGCAAGGGCAUUGAGUUUAACCAUGCACUUGUCAUUGCUACAUUCCUGGAUCCAAGGAGGAAACAAGAUUACUUGGAUUUCUUCUAUUGCAAGUUGUCUACCGACGGGGAGCAAAUUACAAAACAAGUGGAGAUUGCUUUAGAAUGGGUGAGAAAGUAUGUCAAGGAAUAUGAGCUACUUGCAGCGACAAGCACUGCACACUCAACACCUUCUAGUCAAGGCAAUACCAUUAUUGGAUCACCUGUUGCAGGGAAAAGGAAGUUGGAAGAAGAGUUUGCCCAGCACAAGUCUCGUCAGAGGUCACGUGUACACAAAUCCGAGCUUGAUGCAUACUUGGAAGAAGCAUCCGAGAAGGUCGGUGAUGACUUUGAUGUCUUGGGUUGGUGGAAGAGGCGUGGCAAAAAGUUUCCUAUAUUGGCAUCUAUGGCCCAUGACUUUCUUGCAAUUCCUUUGAGCAUAGUGGCAUCUGAAUCAGCCUUCAGUUGUGGUAAGAGGAUACUAGGCGACAAGAGAAGCUCUUUGAACCCUGAUAUGCUGGAAGUUCUUGUUUGUGCUAAAGAUUGGUUGUUCAAACCAAAGGAGGGAGAUGGACAGUAA